AUGCUCCUUAACAGCUCUUUCAGGAAUCUAACACUGGAGGACGGGUUUUCCCCAAUAAACAACUCGUCUGGGAACGGAACGUACAGCGAGUCUCACGGCAGCGCUAUCCUCAUCUCCUUCAUUUACUCCGUUGUCUGUUUGGUCGGACUAUGCGGGAACUCUAUGGUUAUCUAUGUCAUUUUCAGAUAUGCCAAAAUGAAAACGGCAACAAAUAUUUACAUUCUGAACUUGGCCAUCGCGGACGAGUUACUUAUGCUGAGUGUCCCCUUCUUGGUGACAUCUUCACUCCUUCAUCACUGGCCUUUCGGCUCCCUUCUCUGCCGACUUGUUCUAAGUGUUGACGCUAUUAAUAUGUUUACGAGUAUUUACUGCUUAACUGUACUUAGCAUAGACCGAUAUAUUGCGGUUGUGCACCCCAUCAAAGCCUCCCGGUACAGGAGACCCACAAUAGCUAAAAUAGUCAACUUUGGGGUUUGGAUGUUUUCUAUCCUGGUAAUUUUGCCCAUUAUUAUAUUUUCCACGACCGUUCCAAACUUGGACGGUUCGCUCGCUUGCAACAUUCAGAUGCCAGAGCCAGUGAACCAGUGGAUGGCUGUGUUUGUGAUUUAUGCCUUUCUCAUGGGCUUUCUGUUCCCAGUCAUUGCGAUCUGUAUGUGUUACAUCCUCAUCAUCGCCAAGAUGAGAGUGGUGGCAAUGAAGGCAGGCUGGCAGCAGCGUAAGAAGUCGGAGAGAAAGAUCACUCUGAUGGUGUUGAUGGUGGUGACUGUGUUUGUCAUCUGUUGGAUGCCCUUUCACAUUGUGCAGCUCGUUAAUGUCUUUGUGGAGCACCAUAACGCAACACUCAUGCAACUCGCAGUGAUUUUGGGGUACGCAAACAGCUGCGCCAAUCCUAUACUGUAUGGAUUUUUAUCAGACAAUUUCAAACGUUCGUUCCAAAGAAUUUUGUGCCUGCGGUGGAUGGACAAUGCAACGGAGGAAUCAAUAGAUUACUAUGCCACGGCUCUGAAAAGUCGUGGUUACAGUGUGGAUGAAUUUCAACCGGACAACAUGGAAUGUGACAGCACUUAUAGAAAUGGAAUCUGCACUUCGAGGACAACGACACUGUAGCCUAGCAUAUGGACAUAAAGUGAUGAAACGCUAUGAACAAAAUCAUAAAUGUGACCACUGAGUGUUUCGCUCAUUAGGCCUACUAGUCUGUUACUUCGGUAUUUAUUAGUUUUGUUUUCUUGCAACUAUUUAUAUGAACUGAAUUAAAAUGUUGACUAAUCAAAAUGUCUUAUUAUUGUUUGUAUCUUUGCAAUGUGGAUUCAGGUGGCACUGUGCGUAAUAGUCCUCCAAUUAUGACAAGUAGCAUACAGAGCAGAAACAGACUGGCAGUGUAGUGACAUUAUUUCCACUGUGAGCCAGAGGUGUGUUGAAGUUGAAGUCACAAAUAUGAUGACCUGAGACUGGACUUGAUAGAAAAUACAAUAACUUGAGACUUGACUUCAACUUGGAGCCUCAAGACUCGGGACUCGACUUUGACUUGAGACUGAUUACUUGAAAUUAUCUAACGUUUUGUCACUCAUUUUGUGAGUCUCCAUGGAUUAGUCUACUCUCCACGCAGCCAGAGACAGCAUCACACUUGAAAAAAAUAUAUUGGCUUGUGAAACGCACACUCCGCCCUCUCUCUGAUUGGACCAACUGUCAAUCAACACAGGUCGGAUGAGCUAGCGCAGUGAGAAGGUUUUGGGGGGUCGCGAGUGUGAAACUGAAUGGGAAUAUAUAUUUAAAUAGGCUACAUAUAGUCUACCAUUUGUAUUUUAUAUCAAUAUCUUUGAUUAUUCGAUCUGGUCACUAACAUAGGCCUACAGCAUUGAACCAAAUGUUUGUUUCUAAAACACCUCAUCUAUGCUUCAGAACCAAAACGUUGUGCAUUUUGACUGUUGACCAGUCAUCAGCAUUGGCGCGCAAAGACGGGCUCACAUAUCCAGAUCAGUGACCAGAAAGCGCUUGUUUCAUUUUCUCCGGUUUUGCUAGGCAAAAAUAGAGUAGCCUACCUAAGUGUUGUGAUAAUUGCGUUGUUUGCUCUAUGACCUGUUAGUUCAUAGGCCUAUAUAUCAUGGUGUCAAGGCAUAAGGCCAAGACAAUAAGAAGACAGUGGCAGAAUAAAUUCAAACACACAUUUGCUUCAUUACAAACGCAGAGUGCAACAUCUGUCAGGUGAAGUCCUGUAGGGUAACAUGGGGUAAGACGCCCCACUAAGAUCAGUGUCUAAUUGCUGACCAAAAAAAAGCAAAGUUUGGAAAACACACAUGUAGGUCAAUGAUGGCCAUGCUUAGGGUAACAAACUAUAAAAGAAAAUAAAUAAAUACAUAUUCUAUUGGGGGCAACUUGUGCCAUGGGGUUUCACAGAAGUGUCCCUAUUUUUUACCUCACCUGCACAUAAAUGAUCUUUCUUCUUUUUACCUUUUCCUUACACUCCAUUAUGUAGCCUACAGUUAAACUAAACUCAUUAUCAUUUGAAUAAAGCAAUAUUUUAAAUCCCAGCAGUCUUUAAAAUGAAAUUCAAGAGCAAACAGUUUUCAAUAGUUUGUAAUGUUGUAAUUCAUUGGAAUAUAACUGAUUAAAUAUUGAUUACACACACACACACUAAACAUUUGAUAACAGUGGUGGCGCCUCAGGGUUUUGGGUGGCACAUUAAAAGCAUGGGCAGCUGCCUUAAUGUCCUUCCCAUUUCAAUACCAUUCAGGGCACAAUGAAGCGCCUCUUCGCCAUAGCCACCACGAUCAGAUAUUUUCUUGUAAACUCUCAUCUGAAAAGAAAAAAAGGAAAAGUAUUUUAGGAACAGUGGAGAAUUGACCCCUAAUCUAACCCUAACCCUAACUCCUACUAUGACCCUAACAUAACCCUAACCCCUAUUCUAAUCCUAACCCUGGCCCCUAUUCUAACUCUGACCCCUAACCCUAACCCUAAUCCUGCUAAUUGAGGGUUAGCUAGCUAUGCUAGCAGACGUUACCUUAUGCUAGCUAGCUGGCUAGCAUUUAUUUCACCUCAGACUUUCUGCUAGUGAGGUUGCUAGGGGCACUGUUUAGUUUGCUGGGAUGCCUUUCUCCAGUGAGAUACAUUUCCUUCAAUUUACAAGAGGCUGAAUGUACGAAACACAAAGGCUGCACUCCAAACACAUUCUUUUUACCCCCUCAGCCCUCGCCCUAGACACUUUCUCUUGGGGGCAUCCCCGUCGAAACUGGAUGCAGUUUGAUUGCCAUUUUAAGUUGAGGUCCAAUUCGAUAAAGUUGCCCACUCCGCUCUCAAUUUAGCUCGAGGGAGCGAGUGAAGAACUAUGAUCACUUGUGGGGUUAAUAUGAUCACAAUUCAAUGCAAACUGUAGUCAAGUGUCAUACUCUGGUGUAAAAUGUAAUCAACAAGGCUGCAUUUCCGGCAUGUCAGACAAAAUUCUGAAGCUAGCUUGCAAAAAAUAUAUAUAGAUGACAUUGAUUUUAGCGUUGGCAAAUUGGCUUAGUCUCGUAGUGAGGACCCUAUAAAAUGUAGCUAGCUUCAUAAACAUAUUUUGGGGAAUUCUGAAAUGUAUUGGAAUAAAUUACCAAACUAUAAAACUACCUAGCCAGCUAUGGGUAACUGUAGCUUACUAGCUCGCUACCUGACAGGAGUGUUAGCUAGCUACGUUAGCUUGCUAUGCAUAUUCAUAGCUUUAGGUUGGUUGUUUUUAAGCUCAAUUUCAAGAUUUCCACCAAGGACGUUGCCUCUCCGAUCAUCACUCUGCCUCGCUUGGGCAAGGGACAUUUAAAGGUACACUCGGAUGUGACGAUAUAAAACGUAAUUCAAAGGCUGAGGAUUUAGGGCUGAGGGCUGUCUACUUUGAAUUUGGACUGCUGCCAGCAACAGGGCCGGCGUUAUGGGGAGGCCUGGCCCGCCCUACCGUACGUCCUUGCCUGUCCAAAUAAAAUAUUGAAAUAUUGAUCAUUUAUUUGACCGAGACGCGCGCCGACAGAAAGACGCAUCAAUCUCAGUUAAAGCAUUCGAACGAGCGAAACAGCGCAUCUCUGUCUCAGCAUGUGUUGACCAUGUAUCUGAUGCUGUCUGGUUCAAAAGAGUAUGGCAUGUCAUACUAUUUCUGUCCAGACAGCAUCAGAUACAUGGGCUUACAUAUAGAGGGCCGCUGUUUCGCUCGCUCGGAUGCUUUCUCCUGUGAUAUAGUUUCAGCAGAGAGGAAGAGGCAAAGCAAGAGGGCUUACUCUCGCCAAACUCUGUCCAGUAUAAACCCAAUGCGUUUAUAUGGGAAUACAUGUAGACCUAAGGUUGUCGCCUUCCUUCCUGCCUUUGGGAAAAAGACUCCCGUUGUUAGGGCGGAGACAUGAGCAUCUCGUCAUUAUAUACAGCUCUUGGGUUUCAGCCUCUUGCGAAUUGAAAAGAAAAGUUGGCGCAACGUUUAUUGCCCUAAAGUAAAUUGACGUUUCGCCAAAAUUAUAUUAUUAGGCCUACUCCUGUCUAAAUAAAAUCAUUCAAAAUACUUAACCAGGGACCAUGACUUAGACACAGAGGAUCACUAGCUUCUUUAAAAAAAAUAGCUGUGUAUUGUUUCAAAUCACAGGUGUGUUUGGGAAGUCUGCAAUUUGGGUAGUGCGCGAGCUGAUUGAGUAGUGGCUGUCAGUGAAAAGCGUCUAAAAUAUGUGUGAAAACAAUGUGUCUUGAGUAUAAUUUAAAAUGUUCCAUCAAGAAGAAGGGGUGUGGCGAAUAUAUGGUGCGUCUCCAGAAUGCAUGCAUAUGUAGGAAAAUACCCAUUUGGCAAUGUCUUAUUUCUGAUUGUCUUAACUCACCACGUACACAACUCAUUAUUUCUUCGCCUCACACAAGUCAACAAUGUCUGGGGUUUUUUAACAUCCAUUGCGAAUGAUGGUUCCUCAGUGUUUGACCAUGUGAUGAUUUGAUACGAUGUUGAACUUCACUAGCAAUAGUCAAGACAGAUAGAAAGGGAGGCAGACAGGCGGAGAACCGGCAUUUAUCAUGAUAUUUUCUACUGUUUUUAUUUGUCGGCUUUAGGCCUAUAUGUAUUUGACUUAGUUGAUGAUUGGACAUAUAGGCCUACUGCUGCAUUGGCCUAUAGGCUGUCUCUGAGUUAUAUGUUCUCAUUUCUUUAGCCGCCAAUGGAUCACAGUGAAUCAAUGUGUCCAUAUUGCAGAGGCUAGUGCUCUCGGCAUAGUCGAAGUUUAACUUUUAAUUUGUGUCAUUUUACUUCACAUUUGUAUGAUUAACCACGUGACAAUGAUUUUGAGAAACGAAAACGUUAUUAUUGAAAUGAAACUGUUUCACGAACAUUUUCAUAUAUAUACAUAUUCAUAACUGGCACGCAGAUCGGUAGAAAUGGUAGGAUAAAUUGUAAGCUUCGCCAAACAUGAAACUCAUGAGCUGCCUAUGCUCUUUACUAUUACACCCAUUUAAAACUAUGUGCAAGCGCGUUCACACAUUGGAGGUCCAGUGAAAAAACGGGCCGCCUAUGGAAAUCAAAUGCCCGUCCAACUGAUUCGUUCUAGCGCUGGGUCUGCACAGAGAGACGAAAGAUAAAUUAUUGUUUCUUUUUUCCUGGUACAUUUUUCAGGAAGAUUGGCUUCCCUUGGCAUCCAUUAAUACAAGCCACUGCCCAGAUCUCAGAACUUUUUGGUAGUGGAUUCUUCUUUCAUAACCCAUUAAGGUCCUCAUCUUAAAAAAUACCUAAAGUACAAAUGUCUAUCUGGGUUCAGCCAUAAGGUUCUAUCUGACACUUUUGAAUUAGACAUGUUCAGUAUUUAAGAAGACUGUAGCUAUUUGAAUACAUAAAUGAUAGAAUAACACUUUUACCAAGAUAGUCAGAACACAUCAUCAAAUACAUUAGGAAAUGUAUUAUGAGCAUCAGACAAAUUACUGUCAUCACUGAACAAUGAUGUGACAACAUCAUUACUUUAAGAUGUUUUUUUAAAUUGUUCCUUGUGUGCCAUUAUUGCUAGCUAGAUUAGCCUAGACCAGUGGUUCCCAACUAGGGGUACUAGGACCUCUGGAUGUACUUGGCCUAUCCACAGGGGGUACUUGAGAAGACUCAUGAGACCAUAGGCCUACUGGUAAAAUGCACAUGAGGGGGUACUUCUGGAGUACUCCGGGCAGAGCAAAAUUCAGUUGGUGGUACAGUAAUCGAAAAAGGUUGGGAACCACUGGCCUAGACCAUACAUAGAGUGAGAUGGCAAAGACAUGUCUUGUGAUUGGUCUGUCUGGAUUUGUUCAGGCUUGUGAUUGGAUUGCAGAUAGAACCUUAUAGCACCAAGUUCUAAUGGGUUAAUGCAGAUAUAACUUUCUAGUUUUUCAUUUCUUUCACUUAAAAUUCACAGACAUAUGUAGAACCAUCUAAAGAUAUAUUAUUUGUGACUAACUCAUUUUUGACAAAAAUAUCAGAUAGAACCUAUAGUCCCAAGGUCUCGAUUUGUAGUUGAACAAGUCAUUGCAUGUAUAGAUUUUUUUCACUUGACUUGAACUUGUGUCUUGACUUGCUCUUAAUAUGUAUGACUUGGACUUGACUCGAGAUUUGACCCACUCUACUUGGGACUCGACUUGAGACUCGGACCUUGUGACUUGAGACUUGCUUGUGACUUAAAUAAUAGUGACUUGGUCCCGCCUCUGGUGUGAGCACAUACAAAAAAAGUGUUCAACCCUGCUGCCUAUGAUUAAUUUAUUCCAGAUUUCUUGGAGAGUAAAAGGAGAUGGAUGCACAGUUCAAAUUCAGAUUUAUGCUCAGUCUCUAUGAUUCAUUAUUCAUUGUGCAAGUUCAAGUUAAAACAGCAGCAGUGAGUUUAGCUUUUAAAUCUCUCAGGCAGAGAGCAACAGGAAAACUUGUUUACCAUUGGCAAAACGACCACAUCCUGCUCCGCAGUCCUCUCUUUGGUGCAUAUCUACUCAGUCCUCUGUAGGCUAGAAGAUAAACCUGCCCACAGUGUCUGUUUACUCAUAAUUAAUUCAUCCUUUAUUUUCAAUUAUAAUAAAAUCAUUCCUUUUAAAAUCAGUUGAUUUAUUGACAAGAUAUGGUCUUUCUUUUGAACUGAGAAAGAACUAGGUUAAUAUGGGCUCAACAUUUUAAGCCAUGGGCAGAGGCUAUGAUCUUUUAUAUCAGGACUAGAGACUUCCAAAAUACUGAAACAUCAAAUUAAUGUCACGCCCUGACUCAGGGGACUCUUAUAUGUUGAGUCAGGGUGUGUAUAUUCUUUGUUGUGUAUGUUCUAUGUUAUAGGAUCUAGUAUGUGUGGAUCUAUGUUGGCCGGUGUGGUUCCCAAUCAGAGGCAGCUGUAGCUCGUUGUCUCUGAUUGGGGAUCAUACUUAGGCAGCCUAUUGGCACUAGUGGGUUGUGGCAUCUUGUUAAGGUUUGUUGUAUCUACCUUAGGACUUCACGUUUCGUUUCGUUUCGUUUCUUGUUUUGUCGUUGUGUUUAUUAAGUUAAAUAAACAUGGACGUAUAUCACGCUGUGCCUUGGUCUGUCCCGUCAUUCAACCAACGUGACAAUUAAUCUUCAUAUGUUACAUGAUGCCUUAUAUAUGCGCACACAAACCACAUAUAUACACACAACAACAUUUUAAUAAGUAAAUAAAUAUAAAGGCCUAGCAAAUAUUAUGAAGAAAUGUGAGCCCACAUACAAAUCCUCAAAAUAAAAUAAUAUCCAAAGCCUUCAUUUUCUCUACUGCAGAGAAAAUUAACAUUAUAUUGUCUAAGUAGUGGUCAAUCCUAACUAUGAAGACAUUUUAUUCAAGUGCUUAUUGACAACUAACUGUAAGGUAGUGAUGAGUCUGAACUGAAAUCAGACUUACACUACCAGUCAAAAGUUUGGACACACCUAUUAAUUCAAGGGUUUUUCUUUAUUUUUAAUAUUUUUUACAUUGUAGAAUAAUAGUGAAGACAUCAACACUAUGAAAUAACACAUAUGGAAUCAUGUAGUAACCAGAAAAGUGUUAAAAAAAUCAAAAUAUAUUUUAUAUUUGAGAUUCUUCAAAUAGCCACCCUUUGCCUUGAUGACAGCUUUGCACAGGCUUGGCAUUCUCUCAACCAGCUUCAUGAGGUAGUCACCUGGAAUGCAUUUCAAUUAACAGGUGUGCCUUCUUAAAAGUUAAUUUGUGGAUUUUCUUUCCUUCUUAAUGCAUUUGAGCCAAUCAGUUGUGUUUUGACAAGGUAGUGGGUAUACAGAAGAUAGCCCUAUUUGGUAAAAGACCAAGUCCAUAUUAUGGCAAGAACAGCUCAAAUAAGCAAAGAGAAACGACAGUUAUCAUUACUUUAAGACAUGAAGGUCAGUCAAUACGGAACAUUUCAAGAACUUUGAAAGUUUCUUCAAGUGCAGUCGCAAAAACCAUCAAGCGCUAUGAUGAAACUGGCUCUCAUGAGGACCACCACAGGAAUGGAAGACCCAGAGUUACCUCUGCUACAGAGGAUAAGUUCAUUAGUUACCAGCCUCAGAAAGUGCAGCCCAAAUAAAUGCUUCACAGAAUUCAAGUCACAGACACAUCUCAACAUCAACUGUUCAGCGGGGACUGUGUGAGUCAGGCCUUCAUGGUCGAAUUGCUGCAAAUAAACCACUACUAAAGGACACCAAUUAGAAGAAGAGACCUGCUUGGGCCAAGAAACACGAGCAAUGGACAUUAGCCAGUGGAAAUUUGUCCUUUGGUCUGGAGUCCAAAUUUGAGAUUUUUGGUUCCAACCGACGUGUCUUUGUGAGACGCGUUAUGGGUGAACGGAAGAUCUCCACAUGUGUAGUUCCCACCGUAAAGCAUGGAGCAGGUGGUGUUAUGGUUCUUUGCUGGUGACACUGUCUGUCCUUCACUUGGACAACAGAGUGAAGGAAAAUCAGCCAACAAAUGCUCAGCGUAUGUGGGAACACCUUCAAGACUGUUGGAAAAGCAUUCCAGGUGAAGCUGGUUGAGAGAAUGCCAAGAGUGUGCAAAGUUGUCAUCAACAAAAAGGGUGGCUAUUUGAAGAAUCUCAAAUAUAAAAUAUAUUUUGAUUUGUUUAACACUUUUUUGGUUACUACAUCAUUCCAUAUGUGUUAUUUCAUAGUUUUGAUGUCUUCACUAUUAUUCUACAAUGUAGAAAAUAGUACAAAUAAAGAAAAACCCUUGAAUGAGUAGGUGUGUCCAAACUUUUGACUGGUACUGUAUAUAUUGUCAAUUUAAACGUUCAGGUUGUCUGAGUCUUUGCUGUGUUCUCCGUUCAAACUUCUGCUUAAAUUGCCUCCUUCUCAUUUGUGUUUUCCAGGGAGUAUUUUUCCGUUGAGGCCUCUGCCCUCUUCAUUGCCAUUUUCUCUGCAUUUUUCAUGGCCAGUUUCUGCAAUCGCCUCCUGAGACAGCACUUAACAAUAGCCAACACCACGACCACCAGAACAACCAAGGCCAUCACUGCUAUCAGCACGGGUAUGAAGAUUUUGUCUUGUUCUCCACUCUUGUCCACUGUCUCAACGUCAUCCGUAGGGGAAGUGGGAGUGGGUUGGUCCGGCAGAAAGAUGAUAAUAGGCCUCUCCUGAAUUGUUGGCUUGGGAGUUGGAGUGUGGUCUUGGACCAAAUAGGUUUCACUUCCUUCAGGAGUAACGGUAGCUACUGGUAGUUCAUUGCAUGACACUGAGCCCUUGUCUUGAAGAUUUCCAUUUUUAUCACGGCAUUUACAGAGGUAAGAACCCUCAGUGUUGACACAUUGGUCUUUACAGGGCUGAUCUCUGCAUUCGUCAAUGUCCACACAGUUUCCAGACCCAUCUCUCAUAUAACCUGCUUUGCACGAAGCACAAAUGCCAUCUAUAGCCGAUCGAUCGUCACGUUUCCAUGUCAGAGUCGUUGCAGAGCAAGUCAGUUCAAACAAUUCCCCAGACCAACAUUCUAGCUCCAGUUUAUGAGGAUAAUUUGGGUUUGGCCUGAGUGAUCGGGCCUCAGGUAUGUGUGGGGUAGGACACUGGUCCAUGGAAAGCAUCUUUCCAUCACGUUGUUUACAAAUGAAUGGAUGCUUUGUCUUACAGGUACUGGGAACAAACCCCCAGUUCACUAUCUCAGUUCCAUUAAACUCACCGUAGAGAAAUACACAGAGUAUACCCGUGCAGGUUGGUUGGGGCAAAGACUUCCACUGAUCCAGUUCUGUGUCACUGCUGCUGUCCACUGUCCACUUGAAACCAUUCAGAGAUGUGUCAUUUUUCACACAAUCCCACUUUCCUUUCCUCAAACCCACCCAAAACUCAAAUGUACCUUCUAUGGAAUGCAUGUUCGUGAUGACUUUUAAAAUCUUUGAGGCUUCCUCCAUACUGGCCACUUUAGUUAGGAAACUGUCAGGCAGACAGGCUUCUAAAGCUUUGUCGAAGUUGAGAGGAUUCAGAUGAAGAGUAUAGUGUUCAUCAUCAGUAACACACAGACCCACCCCCAAGACGCUCCACAGGCAUAUCCAGUAGUACUCCAUUCUCCCCGCUCGCAUCAAUUGAUCUGACGACAGUGGUUCUCAGUCAGACUGAUGAUGGUCCUCCUGCUAGCUGCUUCUGUAAUGGACUGGCUGACGAUGCUCAUUUUCCUGCUACUUUCUUAGCUGCCCCUGAGAGGUCCUCCCAAGACAACAAGCACAGGAAGUGUGCUUAG